AUGCCACUCAUCCUCCAGCGCCUGCAGCAGGCCACCAAGAUGAUGAGCCGCAGGAAAAUCCUGCUGCUGGUGCUAGGGUGCAGCACUCUGAGCCUCUUCAUCCACCAGGGGGCACAGCUCAGCUGGUACCCCAGGCUGUUCCCCCUGAGCUGCCCACCUCUGCAGGACUCGCCGCCGCGACCCAAGCACAUGACCGUGGCCUUUCUAAAGACGCACAAGACUGCGGGCACGACGGUGCAGAACAUCCUGUUCCGCUUCGCCGAGCGCCACAACCUGACCGUGGCUCUGCCGCACCCGAGCUGCGAACACCAAUUCUGCUACCCUCGCAACUUCUCCACGCACUUCGUGCACCCGGCCACGCGCCCGCCGCACGUGCUGGCCAGCCACCUGCGCUUCGACCGCGCGGAGCUCGAGCGCCUCAUGCCGCCUGGCACCGUCUAUGUCACCAUCCUGCGGGAGCCGGCGGCCAUGUUCGAGUCGCUCUUCAGCUACUACAACCAGUACUGCCCGGCCUUCCGGCGCGUGCCCAACGCGUCGCUCGAGGCCUUCCUGCGCUCGCCCGAGGCCUACUACCGCGCGGGCGAGCACUUCGCCAUGUUCGCUCACAACACGCUGGCCUACGACCUGGGCGGCGACAACGAGCGCAGCCCGCGUGAUGACGACGCCUACCUGGCGGGCCUCAUCCGCCAGGUGGAGGAGGUCUUCUCGCUGGUCAUGAUCGCCGAGUACUUCGACGAGUCGCUCGUGCUGCUGCGGCGCCUGCUGGCCUGGGACCUGGACGACGUGCUCUACGCCAAGCUCAACGCGCGCGCUGCCAGCUCGCGCCUGGCCGCCAUCCCCGCGGCGCUGGCACGGGUGACGACGCCUACCUGGCGGGCCUCAUCCGCCGGUGGAGGAGGUCUUCUCGCUGGUCAUGAUCGCCGAGUACUUCGACGAGUCGCUCGUGCUGCUGCGGCGCCUGCUGGCCUGGGACCUGGACGACGUGCUCUACGCCAAGCUCAACGCGCGCGCUGCCAGCUCGCGCCUGGCCGCCAUCCCCGCGGCGCUGGCACGGGGGCCCGCACCAAGCAGCUGCAGCCGUGGCAGCCCAGCCGCAAGGUGGACAUCAUGGGCUACGACCUGCCCAGCGGCGGCGCCGGCCCGGCCACCGAGGCCUGCCUCAAGCUGGCCAUGCCCGAGGUGCAGUACUCGAACUACCUGCUGCGCAAGCAGAAGCGCCGGGGUGGCGUGCGGGCCCGGCCCGAGCCCGUCGUGGACAAUCCCCCGCCUCGGCCCAUCCGGGUGCUGCCCCACGGCCCCCAGGGCCACUGA